UUUUUAUUUUUUUACCUUUCUAAAAUCAAUAUUGCUUUUAAAAAUCUUUAAAAAAAUUUUUAGUUAUACCAAUCUUAUACCAAUUUUUCCUGCCAAUUUCUUUUUUAUUUAUAUUCUUAUAAAUUUAUUUUUCCCUGAUUCUGCGCUAAAUUUAACUAAAUUUGUAUUUUUCUACCCAAAACUGCCGCGUUUUUUUUUUACAAAAUUUUCAGCCUUCUAUUUAUUUUUAAUUUUUUAACAGGAUUUUUUUGCCAGUUAGAUAGUUGUCUAGAUUUUAAAUAUAAAUUUAUUUUGUAUUAUUCUCGCUUUAUUGCGAUUUUGCUGAUAUGACGAAGGAUGAAGCUGGGAAAUUUGUUGAGGAAAACAACACUUUAAUGGCAAAUGGAAGGACUAAACCUUCUGCUAAAACAUCUCUAUCGACUUUUAUUUAUAAUAGACGUGAGGGAACAUUUUUGGGACGGACGGGAAAAUCUUGGGUACAAAUUGUUGUUUUCUACAUUUUUUUCUAUAUCUUUCUCGCAGCUUUUUGGAUUGCCUGUUUAGCCAUUUUUCUGCAAACUAUUGAUAAUUCAACACCUAAAUAUUAUGGAAAGGAUACUAUUAUUGGGGAUAAUCCAGGUGUUGGAUAUCAACCUUGGUUGAAGGACCAGCCAGAAUCGACUCUAAUAAAGUUUAAUCCAAAAAAUAGUUCUAGUUAUGCAGCCUAUACCAACACAAUCAAUAAAUAUUUGGAAAAAUAUUCAAAAAUAGAGAAAACUAGGAAGUGUAGUGGACAAAUGUCUAAUUCUGAAUUUAUUAAAGAAGGAAAAGCAAAUGGCAAGGCGGAGGCUUGUCGUUUCGAAUUAACCGAGUUUAAUAAAGCAGGUUGUGGUAACGAUACAGAUUAUGGCUUCCAGAAAGGGACGCCUUGUAUUAUUUUAUCGUUAAAUCGUUUGAUUGGUUGGCAACCUAAAGAUUAUGAAAAAGAUCAAAUUCCGGAUGAAUUGAAAGAUCGAUACGCGCCUGGACACAUUACAUUUUACUGCAAUGGAACGAGUGAAAUUGAUGAUGAACUUAUUGGUGCUGUAGAAUAUAUUCCAAAGGAAGGCAUUGAUGGACGUUAUUAUCCUUAUGCCGUUAUGGAUAAUUAUCAACAACCAUUCGCAAUGGUAAAGUUUAAGAAUUUACCAAAAAAUCGUAUUGUAAUGGUUGAAUGUGGUGCAUAUGCUGCUAAUAUUGAACAAGAUCAGGAAAGUCGUUCUGGUAUGGUUACUUUUGAGUUAUUGCGGGAAGAAAGCUAG